AUGCCCAUCGAUGUCCUUGACGACGAUGUUCUCGUCGAGAUCUUUCAAAUUUCUGCCCUGCUUGAUUAUCCUACGAGGUUUGGGAAAUUGGGCUGGAUACGCCUCACGCACGUCAAUCGCCGAUGGCGUACUCUUCUCUUGGAUCAACAGGCGCUCUGGGGACACAUCAUAUGCAGCUUCGUUUCUCGGGAGGCCUUUCGUGUCAUACUGAGUCGCUCACGGAACGCGCCAUUGUCUCUCAAUUUGGACCUCCCUUGGAUCGAGAGACAUACAACUAUCGAAGAAUUUGCGAGCUUGCUUCCCAGAGCGCGAGACAUCCACGACGCCUCGUCAAACUCUGGUGUAGGUUCUGCGCGAAUACCGCUCGCCGGCCUCAAGAUGCCUUUCCUAGAGCAUGCAUUUAUUGUCAGCUGCUAUAGCCCUGGGAGCGCCCUUAUUGCGCCCUCCCUACGUUGCUUAUCCACAUGCAAACUCCCUUGCUCCAUAUCCGCACCGAACUUGCGGAUAUUGGGACUUUCUCUCCCAGCGCAGGAGGCCAAUGCUCAACAUCUGCCUGAUCUCCUUGCUACUUUUCCUGCACUGGAAGAGUUUACUAUCCAUCUUAUAGACGCUAAGCCGUGGCAUGGGCUAGCAGAGCAUGACAACAACCCAGCAACCCAAUUGGAUGAAGAGAAGCCCCACGAUAUCCAGGAAGCGUCCCCACACGAUAAACCACGUGUAGCACUGUCGCAUCUCAAAUCUCUCGAGACACUCAACUGCGGCGAGUCGCUCAUACAAAUGCUUUGGCGGUCGCUUGUCGUGCCUCACACGGCAGCCGUCAAGCUUGCCUUCGAUCGUCGUCUCGCCACGAUAGACGUGGGAUUGGCAGAGCCCAUACAGACCUACCUGUCUUAUCGCGAGUGCGAUAUGCUCUCCAUUAUCAUUCCCUACUAUCGCGAUGAAAUGACAUGCCUCGUUGCCGGAAGAGACCCCAGUGCAGCUGGAUCCUGCACUCUCACCGUCGAGACGGAUCUUCCGAAUAUACUCAGCUUCUUCUCCAGCCAUCUCUUCGAACACACACGGACGUUACGUCUCUUUAAUGAGGUCCGCGACCACGGACUCCGAGACCUGCUGAUGGGCAUUGCCAACACCGCUCCCGCCGGCAAAUUCGCAUUCGUCGAGUCUUUGCAGUGCGGCGGCCCCGAACUAUCGGAACUGGCCGUUGUGCUAGCAUCGUACGACUUCCCACGAUUGCGCUCGCUCGAGCUCGACUUGACGGAGUACGCCCAUGAUGGCGAUCCAGUAGACGACUUCACCCGUGUUCUACUCGCGCGAACAUCGCUCCGGAAGCUUGACCGCAUCGUUCUUCGCGGGCAUUUCACGAGUGAAGAAGAGUCGAAGACCGCCGGGGAUAUACUGCACAGGGACCUUCUACAAGUGGCGGAUGAGGUAGUGGACGAGAGGGCUCUUGCAAGAGGUCUCUUGACCGCCUAG